CAGCCAGUGAAGCAUCCAGCCUGCCGAACGAGCUCGCUUCUCUUGUUUUAGGGUCAGGAACUGGUCUGACAAGAGAAUGGCAGUCCUGCCUUUAAACUGUCACUAGGACGGCGCGGUUGACGAUGAAUCCACCAGAGCUCCGGGCUCAACGGCGAAACACGGAGCAACAGAAUGUGAAGACAUAUUUCAGGACAUUGUGAGUGCUGAUAAAGAUGUCUGAUAGUGUUGAUAUUGAAGAGAAACCACCAGCCCCCCCCUUGAGAAUGAACAGUAGUUCCCGAGACUCUUCAUCGCUGAAUCACGCCUCCAAACCGCUUCCAAUGGCUCCCGACGAGAAGAACAAGAAAGUCCGCCUGCGCUCCAUCUUCCCCGGGGGAGACAAGACGAACAAGAAGAAGGAGAAGGAACGUCCUGAGAUAUCUCUACCUUCAGACUUUGAACACACCAUUCAUGUCGGCUUCGACGCCGUAACAGGAGAAUUCACGGGCAUCCCGGAGCAAUGGGCACGGCUUCUGCAGACCUCCAACAUCACCAAGCUGGAGCAGAAGAAGAACCCGCAGGCCGUCCUGGACGUCCUGAAGUUCUACGACUCCAAAGAGACCGUCAACAACCAGAAAUACAUGAGCUUCACCUCGGGAGACAAGUCGGCGCAUGGGUACAUAGCAGCAAACACUCUGAACCGACUGCUGUCCUCUGGGCCUCCUGUCAGCCUUAGAACCUGCAGCGCAUUAUUUGACAAGGCCGUGUCUGAAAUGGCGGGGCAGCGACGCAUGCCGCAGAGGGUUGCGAUGGCGGUCAAACUGCAUGGCGCCAAAACGGCAUCGUCAGAGCCCCCGAUCGCUCCGCCUGUGUCCGAAGAAGAAGACGAGGAGGAGGAGGAGGAGGAAGAGGAGGAGGAGGAGGAGGAAGAAGAGGACGACGACGACGAGCUGCCCCCGGUCAUCGCGCCUCGGCCGGAGCACACCAAAUCCAUCUACACGCGCUCUGUCCUGGAGCCAAAGCUGCCGGCCCCCGCGAAAGAGGUGGUGACACCGCCGGAGUCGCAGGUCCAGCCGGACAACACGUCCGACACCAUGUACCGCCACACUGACCGCCAGAGGAAGAAGUCCAAAAUGACGGAUGAGGAAAUUCUGGAGAGACUCAGGAGUAUUGUGAGCGUGGGGGAUCCCAAAAAGAAGUACACGCGCUUCGAGAAAAUAGGACAAGGAGCGUCCGGCACUGUGUACACCGCCAUCGACAUAGCAACCGGCCAAGAGGUGGCCAUCAAGCAAAUGAACCUGCAGCAGCAGCCCAAGAAAGAGCUGAUCAUCAAUGAGAUCCUGGUGAUGAGGGAAAACAAAAACUCCAAUAUUGUGAACUACCUGGACAGUUACUUAGUGGGAGACGAGCUGUGGGUGGUGAUGGAGUAUUUGGCCGGAGGCUCGCUGACAGACGUAGUGACGGAGACCUGCAUGGACGAGGGCCAGAUCGCUGCAGUCUGCAGAGAGUGUCUUCAAGCCCUGGACUUCCUACACUCCAACCAGGUGAUCCAUAGAGACAUAAAAAGUGACAACAUCCUCUUGGGCAUGGACGGAUCCGUCAAGCUUACCGACUUCGGCUUCUGUGCCCAGAUAACUCCCGAGCAGAACAAGCGCAGCACGAUGGUGGGAACGCCCUACUGGAUGGCGCCCGAGGUGGUGACCCGCAAGGCCUACGGCCCAAAAGUGGAUAUCUGGUCUCUGGGGAUCAUGGCAAUAGAGAUGGUAGAGGGAGAACCGCCCUACCUGAAUGAGAAUCCACUAAGGGCGCUGUACCUGAUCGCCACCAACGGGACUCCAGAGCUGCAGAACCCAGAGAGGCUGUCAUCUGUGUUCAGAGACUUCCUCAACCGCUGCCUGGAGAUGGACGUGGACCGCAGAGGCUCUGCCAAGGAGCUGCUCCAGCAUUCCUUCCUGAAGCUGGCGAAGCCUCUGUCCAGCCUGACGCCUCUGAUUGUAGCUGCGAAGGAAGCCAUAAAGAACAGCAGUCGCUAGUGUGGGCCCUCUGUCCCCACCCGAGGCUGGAGCCCUGCCUGCGGCGUGUGCGCUCACAGAGGGGGGGGGCGGGGGCAGGGGCUUGGGCGUUUGGCCGGUGGGUGACGUGACAGUGGCAGCACAAUAAUCGGGAGGGGAGGAGCGGGGCGGGGGGGGAGGUGUGGGGGGGUUUGUGUGACUUACCGUGACAGCACAAGGACAUAAGACCCCAGGCCUCAUACGUAGGACGGACAUCUGGCCUUGCAGCCUCUCGGGGCCACGCUGCAGAAGGGACCUUGCCUCCUUGUUUAUUUCUCCAGCACUACGUGUAGAGCAGUCCAUCACAAGUACAGUGUGUGUGUGUGUGUGUGUGUGUGUGUGUGUGUGUGCGUGUGGAACAACUGUGCGCGUCUCUUUGUGACAUACGUCUUGUUAAGCAGCAGUCGCCGCCCCCCCCCCCCAAACCAAGAGACCUUUCAAGAGGAAACUUCAGCAGAGAAGAGGAGCAUCUGUUAAAAACUUGAGAGCCCGAGAUUCCUUCCCCGCCCGGCUUUGGGCUCGUUUUCGUCUUUCCUCUAGUUCCUCCGUGCAGCUCAAUCAGGCCACACUCGUACCUGCCGUGGCUGAUAUCGGGUCCCAACCUUUGCCUGCAUGGCUGCGGCUCUGUGGAGGAUCAUCGCUACUCCUGUGCGGAUUGUCACCUCUCAAGGUGGCAUACUUUAUGUGCACGUGUGUGAUUGUGUGUAGGGGUGCAGCCACAGGGGAAUGCGUCAGGAAUAAUUUCAUAUGCCAGCUUCAAACAUCCUUCUUCAAUCUGCGUCAUGUAGGUGAAGAGAGACAUGUCCUGCUCUGCAUUAGAGCCAACUCCUUUCAGAAAGAGUCACCUUCAAAUAAUUACUGAUUAACUGUUCUGAUUAUUCAAAAAAUCUGCCUACACAAAGUAUUUAAUUAACAGGAACACGUGACUCAAUUGUAGAUUACGUGUGCAAAUAUUGAAUUCUAAUUACAUAAUGCAAACCCCUUCAUAUUAGUUUCGAAAGGAAAGUGUUGGGAUGUAGAGAAAGACACUCGCUGUUGAGAUGAAUCCUUCUUAUUCCAUGUGACAGAGAUGAUCAAUGGGACUGUGAAACCAUGUCCACUUCUUACUGUUGCAAGAAAUGAAUGCUUGAACAAAUAAUUCUGACCCGUUUGCACACAGUUCACAAACUGUGGCAUUAAUUCUGUACAAGCACCCAAGGAUAAUCCAAUAGAUAGUCAGUGCGUUUCUCUGUUGCCGUGGCUUUAGACAACAUCAAACAUCCAUCCAUCCGUUUCUGAUUCGUCUUAUUGCAUUUGACAAUAAGGUGUGAAAUAGACAGAACAAAGACAGAUACGAGACCAGACACACUUUUUCACUUCAACAUCUAGCGUGUACUUAGCGAUUGCUCGUCCUUUUCAAGGAGCUUGCACACCGUGGACCGACGCAUCCCUGUGACCUUCAACCCCGAAGCAAGCCUGCGCCUCAAUGCAAAAGAAGAAGCAGUUCUCCAAUAUCUUCUCUGCAGAAGCACAAGUCCUGUGGUCUCACCGUCUUCUAUUUCAGAAUACAUUAUGUGACUGUGACUUUACAUUGUUUGGACGGAAAUACCAACAAAAACACUGGGAAGCAACUGCCCCCCCCCCCCCAUCUCCCCGUCUCCUCCUUCUGUAUUCCAGCUGCUGCUCACCCAUGCUUCAGUGUCCUUUUGUCCUUCACGGGUGCUUCAUGUGUCUUGUGUCAUAUGAUCUGCACGUCUUGUAGUGAGUCGUCGGAGCGCGUGGCGGAUCAUAGGGGAGUGUUUCCCAGUGAGCAAAGUAGUUGCCAUUUUACGAUUGUACCUCGUCCUAAUGAGCACUGGGAACAGACCAGCAUAGCGGAGCGUCACAUUGUUUGCUAACAUUCCUUCCAUACCAAUUCCUGUACAGAGGUUAUCUACUUUGUGUUGGUGGUUUGUUAGCCCGUCAGGCCUUUCCCAUGUAGCCUCACCGUGCGAGUGUGUGCGUGUGCGUUUGUUUGUGUUAGGGAGGCUGCCCCAUUCUGCACUAGAAGACACCUCACGCGUGUUGUCCACCUGGACGUUGAGGUGCAGGGUAGCUGCUUAGUCAUACUGUACCUGCAUUGUACAGCAGCAGAACAAAGGCCGGAGCGAUGCAACGGAAUCCAUGCAUGUAAAACAAACUAUACACUGUAUCUCAUCUUCAAAUAGGGUUAAGAUUGUUAGGAUGUGUAUGUAAAUAGGACAGGAACCUCCUCCCCUGGCUCCGCCCCCCUUUUCAGAAUCAUGUAAGUUAAGAUGACCAUAUUCAGGUUGCUCUAUGGUAUGUAUCAAUAAAUGUUUUGCACCCUGAAGAAAUCAAAAAAGAGAAACGAACACACACACACACACACACACACACACACCGUCUCGGCUCUCCUGGACCUGUCUCUCCUGUCUGUUCUUCACGGGACAGAGAGCCGACGAAUGCAGCACUCUGUGAAGCCCACGCAGUCUGUCCCCUGCACCACUGCUGGCCGUUAGUGCGUCUGUGUGUGUGUGUGUGUGUGUGUGUGUGUGUGUGCGCGCGAUAGGUAGGUGGGUGGGUGUCGGUGGCCUGACAGGAAGCUUGGCCGCUCCCCCGGGACGUCGGGCCCUCGUGUACAGGUCUGAACUAUGAGCACAAAAGGUGAAUUUUGGGACAAGAGACACUGCUGACGUGCCCCUUUUCUGUGGUUGCUCCUGUACAUUCCUUUCUUCUGAAUGUGUAAACCUGUACAUGUGGCGUGAAAAUUCCUCUAUUAAUGUGUAUCAAGAGAAUGGAACAACGACAAAAAAUGUUACUUUUUAAAUUAUUAUCAUUAUUAUUAUUAUUACUACUCUUAUUGUCUAGCUUUGUAAAACUGCUGAUCCAUCGGGCAUACCUCAGCAGGCCUUUCCCCAUCUUUGAAAAAGGACAAAUGAGUGACGGGGAAAUGAGGUUUUGGAUAAACUAUUUUUAAUUGUGGUUGAAGCAAUAGACUUUUUGAACUUUGAAUUGUGCAUGGCUGUGUCUUGAGUGUAAAAAAACAAAAUAUUGCAGUUUGGGAACUGGACUGAAAUAAAAAGAAGAAAACCAGA